CGUCAACCCUCUCCAGCAUCUAUCACCAUGGUCAAAAUCACCUUCAAGACCGUACAGAACAAGCUCUUCACCGUCGAGGCUCAGGACUCCGAGACCGUCGCCGACUUGAAGCAAAAGAUUCAAGAGUCCCAGACCUUCCCUGCCGAAAAUCAAAAGCUCAUCUACUCUGGCAAGAUCCUCAAUGAUUCUUCAUCCGUCGAGUCUCUCAAGAUCAAGGAGAAGGACUUUUUGGUCGUGAUGGUCUCAAGACCUAAAGCUGCUCCUGCCGCCGCCGCCGUCCCUUCCACCCCUGCCCCUGCUGCUUCCGUCGCUCCCUCUACACCGGCUGCCCCCGCCCCUUCAUCUGGACCUGCACCCACAGCCCCUGCCGAGACCCCUACUCCCGCCGCCUCCGAAUCCGCUCAACCGUCCGGUUCCGCAGCUCUCGGCACCUCUUUCUUGACUGGUGACCAGCUGCAAGCUGCUACCGAUGGUAUGGUAGAGAUGGGCUUUGAGCGUGAUUUGGUCGUGCGAGCUCUGAGGGCCAGUUUCAACAACCCUGACCGGGCCGUCGAGUACCUCAUGUCUGGAAACAUUCCCAACCUGGAUCCCCCCACGCCUGCUUCUCCUGCCCCUGCCGCUGCCCCCUCCGCCCCCUCAAUCCCUGCCGCCGCUGCCCCUCCAGCUCCUGCUGCCCAGCCCGCUGGACAACCCGCUGCCGAGGCGCCUGCCGCCGGAAGCGCCGACAACUUGUUCGCUGCUGCCGAGGCUGCUAUGAACCGUGACCGAGGAGCUCCCGCUGGUGCCCCCGGGGCUGGAGCUGGAGGUGCGCCUGGUAACCAGCUCGACGCUAUCCGACAGAUGGUCCAGCAAAACCCCGCCCUCAUCCAACCACUCCUUCAACAGAUCACCGCUGAGAACCCGGAGCUCGCUCAACUUAUUCAGCAAAACCCCGAAGCGCUUUACCAACUCCUUGGUGGCGCUGGAGAUGGAGAUGAUGAUGAUGAGAUGGGAGAGGGACCUGUUAUGAGGGUGGACUUGACGCAGGAGGAGGCUGCUGCUGUUUCCAGGCUCGAGGCUCUUGGUUUCGACAGGCAAAUGGUUCUUCAGGCCUACAUGCUCUGUGACAAGAACGAGGAAUUGGCCGCCAACUUUCUGUUUGACCAGACCGACGAGAAUUGAUAGCAUGUAAUGAUGAUGGAAGAGAUGUAAAGGAUGGCUCAAGGGAAGCAGCAGAGGGAGUGAUGGUCCGGAUUUAUGCCUAUUCUACGAUAUAUUUCAUAUGACACCUUUCUGUGGUAUAUGUAAUAUUGGCCUGCUUUACUGCCGCGGAUUUCUAUGUACGGUAUAGUAGAAUGAUGG